CCUCUCUCUCUCUCUUUUCCACUCCCAGAAAGUCCUUCCGAGGAAGAGGUCAGCAGCUCACAGUGCUGAAUGCAUCAACUCACAGUAGAUGUGGAAUAUUCCCCGAGACAGAUGGUUUCAUAAAAAAGAAGAGAGGAACUUGCAAAAAGUGUGCAGCUUCUUGAGAAGACGUGAAGGUCAUGGAGGUUAAACUGAUCUCAGUCCAGAUCUUCUUUAUCCUGCUGGCUGUCACUGUAAGAGCCCAAGUCAACCCAGAAAUGUGCCGCUAUCCUCUCGGUAUGACCGGUGGGCAGAUUCAGGACGAGGACAUCUCUGCUUCCAGUCAGUGGUCUGAGUCCACUGCUGCAAGAUUCGGAAGACUUGACUUUGACAACGGAGACGGUGACGGCGCCUGGUGUCCUGACAUCAUGUCAGAGCCGGACGGCCUCAAAGAGUAUCUCCAGGUGGACCUGCGUUCGCUGCACUUUAUCACGCUCGUGGGCACCCAAGGUCGCCAUGCUGACGGCAUGGGUAAUGAGUUUGCCCAGAGGUACAGGAUCAAGUACAGCAGAGACGGCAGCAACUGGGUGGGAUGGCACGAUAGGAAGGGAAGGCAGGUCAUCGAGGGCAACAGGAAUGCAUACGAUGUGGUCCUGAAGGAUCUGGAGCCUCCCAUCAUCGCUCGCUUUGUUCGCUUCAUGCCUGUGACGGAUCACUCCAUGAUCGUGUGCAUGAGAGUGGAGCUGUACGGGUGUGAAUGGCUGGACGGCCUGAUGUCUUAUAGCAUCCCAGAUGGAGACCAAAUGAUCUACAGAGGCCUGGACGUCUUCUUUAAUGACUCUGUGUACGAUGGCGCUUCAGCUGAAAGACUGACCAAGGGCCUCGGCCAGCUCACAGACGGCACUUGGGGUCUGGACGACUUCCUCCACAGCCACAUCUAUGGCAUGUGGCCCGGAUACGACUACGUGGGAUGGAGCAACAAGAGCUUCCCCAAAGGUUACGUGGAGACAAUCUUCGAGUUCGACCACGUCCGAAACUUCACAUCCAUGAAGGUUCACUGCAGUAACAUGUUUGGCCGAGGAGUGAGGAUGUUCAGACAGGUCACUUGUUACUUCCGGUCAGGGUCAGACUGGGAGUCCGACCCCGUGACCUUCAGGCCUGCUGUCGACCGCACCAGCCAAAGCGCCCGUUUUGUCAACGUGCCCCUCGGGGAUCGAACGGCCAGCGCCAUCAAAUGCCGUUUCCACUUCAGUGACCUUUGGAUGCUGUUCAGUGAGGUGGCCUUCCAGUCAGGCUCAGCGGUUUACAAUACAUCUCUGGCUCCUCGCAAACAUGGACAUCCCACAAACACACUGCCAGGAGAUGAUCCCACUCAUAAAGUGGAUGACAGCAACACGAGGAUCCUGAUUGGCUGCUUGGUGGCCAUUAUAGCCAUCCUAUUGGCUAUCAUCGUCAUCAUCCUGUGGCGGCAGGUCUGGCAAAAGAUGCUUGAAAAGGCAUCCCGUCGCAUGUUGGACGAUGAACUCACCGCUCGUCUCGCCGUCCAGACUCAGGCCUUCUCCUUCCGCCACUCCUCUCUGUCCAGCGAAGGCGGCUCGACCUCCAACUCCACCUAUGAGAGGAUCUUCCCCCUCUGUGCCGACUACCAAGAGCCUUCACGCCUCAUCCGGAAGCUGCCCGAGUUUGCUCAGUCCUCCGAGCAGCUUGAACCGAGCGCCUCCUUCAGAGCUCUGACAACCAGCGGUUCAGAUGGAGCUCCCCACUAUGCAGAGGCGGAUAUCAUCAGUCUGCAGGAGUCUUCAGACAGCAGCACCUACUCCAUCACAGCUGUCAGCAUGAAUCUCUUCGCUGGCACUGACUCAUCCAUGAGAGAGUUUCCCAGACAGAAGCUCACCUUCAAGGAGAAACUGGGAGAGGGCCAGUUUGGAGAAGUGCACUUGUGUGAGGCCGAGGGCAUGCAGGACUUUUUGGAUGAGGAUUUGUCUAUCGAGGGAAACAACGAGUCACCUCUGCUCGUUGCUGUUAAAACAUUACGGGAAGAUGCGAACAAGAACGCAAGGAAUGACUUCCUGAAAGAGAUCCGGAUCAUGUCUCGCCUGAGGGACCCCAACAUUGUCCGUCUGCUGGCGGUUUGCGUGGACACGGACCCUCUGUGCAUGAUCACUGAAUACAUGGAAAAUGGAGACCUGAACCAGUUUCUGUGCAAUCUCAGACUGAAGGAGGCCGCUGAUGAAGACAAGACAGAACAGGAGGAGAAAGAAGAGAAGAGUUUGGUCAGUUACACUAAACUGAUCGGCAUGGCAGUGCAGAUUGCAUCCGGAAUGAAGUACUUGUCCUCUCUCAACUUCGUCCACCGUGAUCUGGCGACACGUAACUGUCUGGUGGGUAAAAACUUCACCAUAAAGAUCGCUGACUUCGGCAUGAGUCGGAACCUGUACAGAGGAGAUUACUACCGGAUCCAGGGCCGAGCCGUCCUGCCCAUUCGCUGGAUGUCCUGGGAGAGCAUCCUGCUAGGUAAGUUUACCAUGGCCAGUGAUGUUUGGGCGUUCGGGGUGACUCUGUGGGAAAUUCUGACGCUGUGUAAAGAGCAGCCUUAUUCCCAGCUCUCUGAUGAGCAGGUCAUUGAAAACACAGGAGAGUUUUUCAGAGACCAAGGCAAGCAGGUUUACCUUCCAAAGCCUCCCUGCUGUCCUGACAGAGUCUACAAUGAUCUCAUGCUAAGCUGUUGGAGGAGAAACGCCAAGCAAAGGCCGAGCUUUCAGGAGAUACACGCUCAGCUGAUGGAGAGUUCGGCAUAGCACAUGGGAUUUAUAGUUUCUCUCUGCCAUGCACUGUCCUCUUUGAUUCCUUCAGUGUGGAUUUGUUUGGAUUUUAUUCAGAGUCAGGGGCAACACAUCAAGUGAUUUUGUAAAUGCUUGCUUGUCACAAUGGUGCUGUAUAAAAUGACACAUGAAGAUACACUUGAACAGAGCCUGAUAUUGUAGAUAUCAUGCAAAUUAGCACAAUGUACUCACACCUCUGUGUAUUUAUUAACUACUUUUUAUUUCUCAUGCUAUGUCUAUUUAUAGAGUACUUCAUGGUAAUCCUAGAUUAAACAGUUGUGAAUGUUUUUUAAAGUCUUUUACCCAUGCAUAGCCAUGUAUUUCUACUGCACAUUUAUUAGAGAAUGCCAGCACUGUUGUGUGACCUUUGACAUUUUGUUGAUGAGAAUGUGUUUUACCAUGCAGAAGCUCAGUUACAUGUUUUAUAAACAUGUUGCAGAGAUAAAUUUGCUGUAUAUAGUGGACAAGUAGGAAAGAACAAACAUUUUUAUCAUAUUUCAGACCAAGGAUUCUUGUAAAUAAAGAAAAAAUAAUAAUUGAU